AUGGUUUCCUGGCGUGCCUUUGCACUAAUCAUCGCAUCAGUUGCGUCCGUCGCAAAAGCCGACAUCUGUUCGGUCCUCGCGCAGGGCGGAAUCUCAAUUGAAUACCCGUUGACGCUAGACUACACGAGUGCCCUGUCAGAUUACUGGUCCGCAGCAUGCGGUGACCUCAAACCAACAUGCAUUGCGGCCCCCUCCAGUGCAGCGGAGAUGUCGCAGAUUAUCACUAAGCUGCAUGAUUUCGAGACGUUGUUUGCCGUCAAAUCUGGUGGACAUAUGCCGAACAAUGGAUUCGCUAGCAUUGAGGGUGGAUUAUUGAUCUCGACAAAGAACCUGGAUCAGGUGGAUUAUGAUGAAGAUGAACAGACUGCUGUAAUUGGGCCUGGUAUUUCGUGGGAAGAGGCACAACAGGGACUGGAAGGCACAGGACGGGCCGUUGUCGGAGGCCGAUUGGGUGGUGUUGGAAUCGGAGGAUAUAUGCUUGGAGGGGGAAUGAGCUUCUUGAGUACCCAGUACGGAUGGGCCGCCAACAAUGUGGUAAACUACCAAGUUGUUCUGGCUAAUGGCACAGUUGUCGAUGCCAAUGAGGAUGAGAACACUGAUCUCUUUGCAUCCCUCAAGGGAGGAGGUAACAACCUCGGUGUUGUCACUGCCUACACCAUGGAGACCCACCCUAUCGAUCAGGUCUGGGGUGGCAACUUUGUUUACACCAAGGACAAGACACCUCAAGUCCUGACGGCACUGCGCAAUUUCGUGGACAACUACCCCGAUGACAAGGCCGCUAUUAUCUUGACCGCAGAGCAUGGAGUUAUCGGGGUCGUUGACUUCUGGAUUAUGUUCCUCUUCUAUGAUGGACCCGAGCCACCAGCUGGGGUAUUCGACGAAUUCGAGGCCAUCGAUCACUCGUCCACCACAAAGACAUGGGACUCAUACUAUGACCUGCUGAAAAACAACGACCAGUUCAUUCUUCACGGCCAACGCUACACCAUUGCGACGGAGUCGACACCCGUGCCAAACUCUACUAUUGGACUUGACGUGAUGCAAGAGUAUUUCGACCACUGGUACAAUGUGACCGAGUCUGUCCUCGGCGUCACUGGCGUCAUCGGAUCAAUUGCCUUCCAACCAGUUCCCAUGGCAUUCACCAAGAAAGCCAAGGAGCGCGGCGGAGAUCUUCUCGAUGUCCCCGACGAUCAAAACUACAUCUUCUUCGAGUUUGACUUUUCUUACUCGCUUGCGGUUGACGACGAAACAAUUGACCAAGCCACUCAGAACGUGUACCAGGGAAUGGGCAAUCUCGUUCAGAAGAACAUUGACGAGGGACUUCUGCCCGACGUGUACCGACCAUUAUUCAUGAAUGACGCUUAUUACCGCCAGGACUACUGGGGCCGCAUUAACCCAGAUUCAAAGGCACUGGCGCUGAAGACUCGCCUUAAUGUUGAUCCCGACGGAUUCUUCCAGACGCGGACCAGUGGUGGUUGGCGACUCCAGUAG